AUGUCAUUCGCACCACGAUCACUCAUACGGCCCUCAUCUUCAAUGAGAAGAUCCGCUCUUCAGCGAUUCUCUUCUUCUUCUUCCUCCCCUUCAUCCUCAUCUUCAAAUGCCCCUCCACUAAUAGCCUCACUCCUCCUAUCUCGAGCACCUCUCCUCACACCAACACCUACAGAACUUGAAAAAACCUACUACGCCUAUUCUCGAUCCAUCAAACAUUCCUUAUCUUCACCUCUCCCUACUGAAUUCUACUUCAAAUCAGGUUCUUUACCCCUCCGUCGAUACCUAAAGGCAGAACACGAGUACGAGACUGAAAUUUACGGAGAGAGGUUGGCAGGUGGUAAACCAGAUAAUAUAGGUGAUAUACCACCUGAAACAGAGUAUGAAAUCUUACCUCGAAAUCAUUGGGACGAGAAAGAUCAAAAAGAAGGAAAGGGAGAACAAAGUCUGGAAAGAUAUCCAGAAGAAGAAGUCUACUGUCUACUACAAAGUAAAGACAAGAAGAAAUGGGUAUUCCCAAGUACAACUGUAGAGAGGUUACAGAGUUUGGACGAGGCUGUAAAUGAUAAUAUAAUAGGACCGAAUGGACAAUUGGAUGGGAAAGGGAUGGAUAGUUGGCUGGUAACUAGGAAACCUGUUGGAGUGGUUAGAGAGGGUGAACAGAGGACAUUCUUCCUUCGAGGUCAUAUCUUAGCGGGUCAACCGACACUCACACCUUCAUCGAAUUACACCUCCCACGCAUGGCUAAACGUCAAAGAGGUAGAAGACAGAUUGAGGCAACAGGGUGAUGAGAAACUAUGGGAGAGCGUUAAAGGGAUGUUCGGUGUAUCCGAGGAUAUAGCAGAGGAAUUAUGA